AUGAGGGCGAAGGUACAAUCAGUGAUAAACUGUCAUCUGCCAUGUUCAUUUUUCUUCGGAGGAUUUCCCGUUUCGCUUUUGUGAACAGUCGGGACUGUAGUUUUCCGUGUGUUCCAUGCGUAUUCUUUAUUUGAUCCGGGUGGCUGGCAUAGUUGGUAGAUCUGUCUUCGUGCUUCGACUCCGGCAUUGCGGUUGCUUUGGUUGGACAUUGACUGAGUAUUCAUUUUGUCUCGAAGAAUAUGAUAUCCAAAUAUCCAUGGUAUCACUUGUUGUGCGAUGUCUCUGGGUAGCUCUCAAUGUGAAUAGCUAGGAUUCCUGGUUGUCUCCAUGGUCUGUUAGGUAGAAACUGACUCGUUUUCCUUGUGAUUCCCGUCUUUCUACUUCCAUUAGAUUGAUUUUUUCUCGUUGUUUAUAAACUUGCGUAAGCUUUUCAUUUGGCUUCUAAUUGUUGACCUGAAUCCUUUUGCCUAUUGAGGGCGGCUUUAUGAUUUAUUUCAUGUCGCUGAUGUUUCUGAUUCCGAUGCUCUGAACAUGGGGCAACAUUACUCUUCCGCUAGAUAUUUUACAUGUCGGCUCUGGAAUGUCUUCUUUAGCUUAUCUGUUGUGUUCGGAAUUUUGGUAAUGUAGGUUUCUUCAGGAGCACUUUUCCAAUGUAGACCACUAUGACUUAUUUCUAGAGCCACGUCCUCUACGAUAUGUGGUGUUGCAUUGUGCUAUCCCGCUAGGAAGUACGAAUGCGCCAGCGCCUCGUUCUCUAUAAGUUGAAUGUCCGACAAGCUGAUCUCAGUUCUGAUCUAAAAUAUCAACGAAAAGCGAAUGAAAGAGAGUGCGAGAGCUAAAAGCAAUGAAAUCAGUUUGCAUUUUUUUCUUUUUUUCUUCCUUUGAUAUCGGUAUCCUUAUUAUCGUACUCUUCUGCUGAAUUUUGGUUUCCAUGGAGAAAUAAGGGAUAGAUAGAGUAUUUACUCAAUAGCCCUCAUUCCUGAAGACAAACAAUAUCUCAAGUACCUUAACAAUACCUCACCUUUAAUAAAUGUUUUGGAUUUAUUCAUUACUCUCCAUUAAAUGGCUAGUUUUUCAUGCUGGAAUUUACGUACAAAUCAGAGACCUAUCUUAGUGAAAUUUUGUGGCAUUUGUUUGGAAUCUAUUUUGACGCUUGUAGCAGAUUUUCUACAACUUUGUACCAUUUUUUCGAGAUCAGAGUCUAUAAGUGCAUUUCUUGUCCCGCUGGUUAAUGCGCGUUUUAAUUUAUAUAGUAAAAAGCAAACAUUGGGCCAAAAUAGCAUUACUCUUUAAUAUGAAUAGAAGGCCAAAUUUUCUUUUCUUUGGCCUGAUUCUGAAAAUUGUGUUAAUCCAGUAACAUUAGCAUGGAAUCAACCCUUUCCUAAAGUUUCUUUUUUCCUACCUUUUCCUUUUUUUUCAGUGGAAGAAGAAGCGCAUGAGGAGGUUGAAGAGGAAGCGCAGAAAGAUGAGACAGAGAUCUAAGUAG